CUCUUGUGUUGUGUGUUUAGAUUUCAGAUCAUCGUCGUGCUCCUCUUCUUCUCCGUUGGUAAAAUCCAUGUCGAAACAUCAUCCUUUUGUCUCCAAUCUCACCCCCUUUCUUUUCAAAUAAAUAAAAAAAGAAACAUUCUCCAUCUCUGCUUUACGCCGCCAUAUCUCUCUUACCUUUUGUUUUCCUUUUUUCCCUCCGUUCUCUAUCGAGCUUCUCUGCCAAUUAAUUACCCCUUUUCCUGUUAGUAUUUCCAUCACUGGUUUUAAUGCAGUUUUUAUCAACAUACGCACGUAAAAAAUACCCCCUUUGCCUUUUGAUUGUCGUUGUUCAUAUGCUGUGAGAGAAAGCGAUAACGUGCAAAGAGGGGGAUUUGUCUUAAUCAUUGAGUUUUCAAAGAAGAAACAGAGAAGGUAAACGGAGUCGGAUAUGGCUAAUCAAGUCGUCAAAGUGAGGAGAGAAGCGAUUGCGGCAUGCAUGACUUGCCCUCUUUGCAAUAGGCUCGUUAGAGAUGCCACCACCAUAUCCGAAUGUCUUCACACGUUUUGCAGAAAGUGCAUAUAUGAUAAGAUAGAAGAUGAAGAUUUAGAAUGCUGUCCAAUAUGCAACAUUAGUUUGGGUUCUGUUCCUCUGGAGAAAUUAAGGCCAGACCAUACUUUGCAAGAUUUGAGGGCCAAAAUAUUCCCUCUUAAGAGAAGAAAAGCGAAGACACCUGAAGUUCUGCCCCCGGUUACGAUGCCAACUAGAAGAAAGGAGAGAUCACUAUCUUCAUUGGUGGUUAAUGCCCCCAAAGUUUCGACACAAACUACCGUGACUGCGAGGAGAACAAAAGCUGUUGCCAAAAAGUCUGGUGCUUUACGAGGUUCUGGUUUUUCUGUAGAUAAGUCUGUUAAAAGAGAGAGAGACUCUGUGGAGGAUCACCAGGAGAGUGCAAGCUCACCUCAAACUCUAAAUAAAUUCACCCAGAAUAAAAGACAGUGUACUUCUGCCGAACCUAGCCAACACACGGAUAAAGAAGUAGAGAAUGGUGGCAAAUCAUGGGAAGGAAAAUCGGAUCUCUGGGAACCUUUGGACUGUUUGGCGGAGGUUGCAAAUAGGACCAAGCCCUUCAAGUCUAAUUUGCAAGGCUCUGAUUCUAAAUUAGAACCUAGCCGUGUCCGAAACCCCGAAGAUCAAACGUGCAAAAACAAACUUAGGAAAGACAACUGCAAAACAAAAGUCGAGGAUGAAAAGAAUAAUGUCGGUCCUUCAAAUUCAGGAACCAUGAAUCCUAAAAAGUUACGCAGGAUCCGUCAAAAAAAUGGUUCAGGAUUUGGGGGUUCUUUCAUAUCUCCUCAAGCCGUGCUAGAUGCUGCUGGUGCAAAGCAUCAAAAGCGAAUCGGACCUGUGUGGUUCUCAUUAGUGGCCUCCGAAGACCAGGAAGGAGAUGCACCCCUCCCUCAAAUUCCUGCAAAUUUCCUAAGGAUAAAGGAUGGAAAUAUACCUGUUUCCGUUAUUCAAAAAUACCUGAUGAAGAAAUUGCACCUUGCCGAUGAAUCCGAGGUUGAGAUCAAAUUUAUGGGGCAACCGGUGGUUCCUACGUUGCAGUUGUAUAAUUUAGUCCAUUGGUGGCUACAAAGAGCAUCGACAUCACAGAGAGUUGCGGCGUCUGUCGGUUCUUCUGCUAAGGAUUUUAUCAUGGUGUUGGCAUAUGCUCGAAAAGCUCCACAGCAAUAGUAAUGCUUUCUUUCGUUCUUUCCCCACCACAUCGACAACAUACAUAUAUAUACAUGCAUACAUACAUAUAUAUCGUUAUUAGAAUGUUGUUGGUGAUAAGAGUAGGACAUUCGAAUACGGUAUUGUAUUCGGUAGAAGCAUGUACUAUAUAUAGUUUUUAUUUCAUCUUCUUAUCUGCAAAAGAGCAGUGUGUAUGCGGCUAAGUAAUGGGAUUUAGCUAUCCUAGUUGGAAAUCAUGUCAUUCAACUGGUAGGAUCUUGGAUGA